GCGAUAUUUUCCGAGAGGUUAGAGAUCACCGCUCCAUGUGCUCGUGUGAAGGCAACCCGGAAACUAUGCGGUUGAUGCUACAUGUUCGUUUAAAAGCGAAAAGAUAAAAAGUGAGGAGAAAAAAAAAGAGGAUGAGCUUCUCGAGUUUAUUAAAUUAUUCGUGAGAUGCUGAAAUUCUGUCCUUUUGUCCGAGUUUUCAGUAGUCAGCGUUUCAAGUCAGCAGUUAAACCCAGAGGUCAGUGCAGGAUCGGAAGGUUUUGUGGACUGUUUGUGCAGAAGAUGUCUGGGGAGGAAAACCAGAAUCCCAGCAACAUGCCCAAGCUGAAAAGAGCUCCAGAAAGCAGCGAGGUGGAAAAUGAAACGAAGAAGCUGAGAAUCGAAGAGGAGAAGAGAUUCCCCAAAAGAAAAGUUGUCCUCCUUAUGGCUUAUUCAGGAAAAGGAUACUAUGGAAUGCAGAGGAAUCCUGGAAAUUCUCAGUUUAAAACUAUUGAAGAUGAACUGGUCAGUGCGCUCAUCAGCGCCGGGUGUAUUCCUGAAAAUCACGGAGAUGAUAAAAAGAUGUCUUUUCAGAGAUGUGCCAGGACUGACAAGGGUGUGUCUGCAGCUGGCCAGGUCGUAUCUCUGAAGCUGUGGCUGAUCGAGGGCAUUCUGGAAAAGAUCAACACCCACCUUCCACCACAGAUUAGAGUUUUAGGUUUGAAGAGAGUCACAGGCGGUUUCAACUCCAAAAACAACUGCGACGCCAGGACCUACGCGUACAUGCUUCCCACAGUCUCAUUCUCUCCUAAAGACACCGACCAAGAGGACACGUCCUUCCGCCUGGACACAGAGACACUUCAGAAAGUCAACAAGCUCUUUGCGCUCUACAAAGGAACCCAUAAUUUUCAUAACUUCACGUCUCAGAAGGGCCCUCGGGACCCGAGUGCUAAGCGCUACAUCACGCAGAUGUCCUGUGGCGAGCCCUUCGUCAGGGAGGGGGCGGAGUUUGCGGUGAUCACAGUGCGAGGCCAGAGCUUCAUGAUGCACCAGAUCAGGAAGAUGAUUGGAUUGGUGAUUGCUGUGGUGAAAGGAUACGCGCAAGAGGAGAUCAUCGAAAGGAGCUGGGCCGAGGAGAAGGUCGAUGUCCCCAAGGCUCCUGGGCUUGGCCUGGUGUUGGAGCGGGUGCACUUUGACCGGUACAACAAGCGUUUCGGGGGAGACGGGCUUCACGAGACACUGGAGUGGGUGCAAGAAGAGGACGCUAUAUCCGCCUUUAAGGAAGCACACAUUUACCCCAGUAUAGUGGAGACGGAGUGUCAGGAGAAGUCCAUGGUCAGCUGGAUGAAUACACUGCCUAUUCAUGACUUUACCGCCACGGCAACCGGCAAACAAGAACGCAAGGAUGAAGAUGAAGAUGGAAACACUUCAGACUGAGACAAAUGCUUUUUUCUUUUUUUUUCUCAUUUCAUUGAAAAUGUUUUUUUUUUUUCCAUGUUCCAAUAUAACCUUUGAAAUAAACCUCUAAUUUUA